AUGCCAACUCGCCGUGCGUCGCGCAAUGGUUUUCCGGGAGCGGAGAACCUUUUCAAUGAGCACUUCUUUGAGCUUUUCGAAGAGGGCAAGUAUCGCGAGGCGGCAUUGGUCGCUGCUGAUUCUCCAGGGGGUUCAUUGCGAACUCCGGAGACUAUUGCUCGAUUCAAAGCUGUGCCCGCAGAUGACGGUGGUCGAUCAGUGUUGCUGAUUUACUUCCAGACAUUGCUGGAACGAGGGAAGCUAAAUCAGGUCGAAGCUGUUGAAUUGGGUAUGCAGCUUGUUGCCAAGAAUUCCGUCAAUAUUAUGGAAAAAUGGCUCAAGGAGGACAAGCUCGAAUGCUCGGAUCAACUAGGGGAUCUCAUUCUCCCGAGUAGUCCGAACUUAGCACUCGCCGUCUACAUUCGUGCCAAGACACAUGCAAAGGUUAUUCAAGUUCUCAUUCAAAUUGGACAAGUUGCUAAGGUGGCGCCGUAUGCUCAAAAGGUAGGCUUAGAAGUCAACGCCACCGAGCUUGUGAACAUGGCAAGCCAGCAUUCACCUCAGGCAGCAUUGGAACUAGCAAAUGCAUUGCAACAAGCCGGCGUAGGUGCAGGAGGACAGCUCGUGCCUGCACACAUGGCCGUAGAUCGAAGUGGCAUUGACCACGCCGCUAUGUUUGAUACAUUCAUGAAUAGAGGAAUGUUGCAAGAAGCAACAGCGUACUGCUUAGAUAAUUUGAAAUCAGAUCGGGAAGAACAUGGGGAACUCCAAACUAAGGUGCUCGAAGCAAACCUUAUGAAUGCGCCCCAGGUUGCCGAUGUAAUAUUGCAGCAAGAUAUUUGGCACCACUACGACAAAUCGAAGGUCGCGAUGUUGUGUGAACGUGCAGGUCUUUUCCAGCAUGCACUUGAAAAUUAUUCAGACCUGGCGGACGUUAAGCGUGUUAUGCAAAAUACACAUGUUAUUAACCCCGAAUUCCUCGUGAACUACUUCUCCAACCUAUCGGCAGACGAUCGAUUGGAUUGCAUUAAGGAACUCAUUGGUUCAAACCCAAGAGCAAAUCUUCAACUUUGCGUGCAGGUUGCCGCGAAGCACACAGAUGACAUAGGAGCUGAGCGUUUAAUGGACGUUUUUUCAGCCGUUAAGCAACAAGAUGCCCUAUUUUACUACUUGCAGGCUAUCGUCGGAUUUUCUGAGGACCCUGAGGUACACUUCAAGUUUAUUGAAGCUGCAUGCUCCCUGGGACAGUUUGGGGAAGCGGAGAGGGUCACUCGGGAAUCCAACGUUUUUGAUCCAGAGAAAGUUAAGACUUACUUGAUGCGGACAAGGCCGAAAGAUCCACGCCCUUUGAUCAACGUCUGCGAUCGAUUUGGAUUCGUAGAUGAAAUGAUCAAGUUCAUGGUGAAGAACCGACAGUUGAAGUUCGUAGAGGGGUACGUCCAGCGUGUAAAUCCGCUUCAGUGUCCCGCAACUGUAGGAGCCUUGCUUGACUUGGAUCAGGACGAAGAAUUCAUCACAAACCUUAUCAUGUCUGUUAAGAACACUGUUCCGGUGGAGGAACUAGUCGAGGAGGUUGAGAAGAGAGGAAAGCUGAAGCUUCUGCUGUCAUUUCUAGAGUCAAGAGUUGGUGACGGGUCCACAGAUGUGGGGGUUCAUUCUGGAAUCGCUAAAGUUUACGUCGAGAGCAACGUUAACCCAGAGCAUUUCCUGGAGACCAAUCCUUAUUACGACUCUCGCAGCGUUGGUCGCUUCUGCGAAAAGAGAGACCCAUAUCUGGCUUUUGUUGCAUUCAAGCGUGGCAACUGCGAUGAAGAAGUCCUUGAUGUCACAAAUCGUCACUCUCUCUUCAAGGACCAGGCGAGAUAUUUAGUUGACCGCUGCAGUCCCGAGUUGUAUGAGCAGGUGCUUGACGACGAGAAUGAGAACAGGAAGAUGAUCGUAGAGCAAAUUAUCUCUGGCGCCCUCCCCGAUACUCGGGAGCCGAACAAAAUUUCAGGGGCUGUGAAGGCCUUCAUGACGGCGAAUAUGCCAGACAAACUGAUGGAAAUGUUAGAGAAACUUGUCCUUCAAACCUCAAACUCUACUUUUGCUAGAAACACGAACCUGCAGAAUCUGCUUAUUCUGACUGCAAUCAAAGCCGACUCAGGACGCGUCAUGGAGUAUGUCAGGCGCUUGGAUAACUACGACGGAGAGGAUGUAGCCCAGGUGGCGAUUGGGGAAGAGCUCUUCGAAGAGGCGUUUACAAUCCACCAGAAGUUUGAGCAACAUGCAUUAGCUAUAGGUGUGUUGCUGGAACACAUGAAGGAUUUUGGCCGAGCCGAGGAAUACUCAUUGAAGGUUGAUACAAGCGAAGUCUGGUCUGCUCUCGGUGUGAAGCAGCUUGAGGCUGGACAGAUGUCGGCUGGUGUCAACUCUUUAAUCAAGUCUAAAGAUCCGUCAUCUUACAUGUCUGUGAUUGAAGCUGCUCGCAAAGGCGGAAGUCCGGGGGAUUAUGAGUUGGUGGUUAAGUUCCUGAAGUUUGCCCGCAACAAGGUCAAAGACAUUCGCCUUGUCGAUACGGAGAUUCUGUACGCCAUGUGCAAGUGCGGCAGAUUGACCGAGGUUGAAGAAUUUAUAUCUCAACCGCAUGGUGGCGAUCUUGAGGAAGCAGGAGACCGAUGCGCAGACGAUGAGCUCUACGCGGCAGCAAAGCUUCUUUUCUCUGCCGUUAACAACUACGGAAAGCUUGCGCCUGUCCUUGUCCGCCUUGGCGACUUCCAGGGAGCUGUUGAGGCGGCGAGAAAGGCAGAUCGCGUUCGCACUUGGAGGGCAGUCUGCUUUGCAUGCGUGGAUUCGAAGGAGUUUCGCCUUGCGCAGAUUUGCGGGUUACACGUUGUUGUUGAGGCAGACGAGUUAAUGGAUUGUAUUGAUUACUACCAGGAUCGUGGGCAUUUUCAGGAGAUCAUCGACCUGCUCGAACAGGGGCUUACCUUGGACAGAGCACACACCUCGAUGUUCACAGAACUCGGUGUCCUGCUUACGAAAUACCGAAGCAGGCAAAUGCUAGAGCAUUGCAAGAUGUGGUGGCAGCGAUGUAACCUUCCAAGACUUAUUCGAGCAUGUGAAGCAGCGAUGCUGUGGAGCGAAAUGGUGUACUUGCAUUCUCAAUAUAACGAAUUUGACAACGCGGCUUUGGUUAUGAUUGAUCACUCCCCGGACGCAUGGAAUCCCUCCGGAUUUACAACAGUUAUUGCGAAGGCUGGUAAUCUGGAAGUCAUGUACAAAUCAAUACAGUUCUAUAUUGACGAACAACCAGAACUCUUGAAUGACUUGUUAUCUGUUCUUGCUCCGAAAGUGGAGUCUUCGCGCGUAAUUUCAAUUCUUCGACGAGCCUAUGCAGAUCGUUUCGGAGACUUGGGCUUGCUCCCUCUAUGCAAAGGGUACCUGCUAAAGGUGCAAGAGUCGAAUGUCCCAGACGUGAACGAUGCCUUGAAUGAUAUUCUCAUUGCUGAGGGUUCCCUGGACGAACUUGAGACAAGCAUUGAUUCUUACGACAAUUUCGAUCAAUUCGUACUUGCGCGGCGCUUGGAGAAGCAUGAACUCAUUCAACUGCGUCGAAUUUCUGCCACAUUAUUUAGGCGCAACGGCAAAUACGAACAGGCAAUUGAGGUUUCCAAGAGAGACAAAUUGUACAAGGAUGCCGUGGAGUCUGUUGCGGCAUCUGAGGACGCCGAACUGACUGAAGAAUUAGCAACUUUCUUUUUGGAAAACCAGCUUCUGGAGUGUUUCACCACUAUUCUGUAUACCUGCUUCGAGUUCUUCAGACCAGAUAUGGCACUGGAACUGUCGUGGCGAUAUAACGUGAUGGACCACGCGAUGCCUUUCAUGAUUCAAACAAUGAAAGAAAUUGGUCAGAGAUUAAUGGGCCUUGAGGAAGAGAGCAAGGAGAAACGAGAAAUUGACGAAGACGAGAAAAAGAAGAUUGACGAUGAAGUCAAUGACGAUCCCUCAGUACUGCUCUUUGGUCUUAACCCCAGCCAAGCCGCCGAUGCUGGUGUACCCAUGCUGAUGGCGCCGCCGGGAGGUGGUGCUGGGAUGGGGGGGCGUACAGUUCCGCAAAUCGGCUGGACGCAGUCCGCGGCUGCAGCACUUCAACCAACUUUUGCAGGUUUGCAGCAGUAAAAUCGACUUCAAGCUUUGAUUUUCUUCGAAUAAACAGUAAACUUUUAAAA